AUGGCAGAUAAUGUGCCAAUAGAUAUUAUCCGUUCCCACCAAAAUGAUCUGGGCCGAGAGAGCACAAAACAGGAACAGAAUUUCCAUCCACAGCCGGCACCGGAUGAAGAUGAAGAUGAGAAAUAUAAGCGUGAUGUGGCCCCGGACGGUGGCUAUGGCUGGGUCUGUGUCGCCUGUGUUUUCUGGAUUAAUGCGCAUACCUGGGGUAUUAAUAGCAGUUAUGGAGUCUUUCUGAGCUAUUAUAUCUCAAACGAUGUAUUCCCCAACACAUCUGCCCUAUCAUACGCCUUCACGGGCGGCUUGAGUAUCUCCUGUGCGCUUCUAGUGGCCCCAUUAGCCACUUGGAUGAUCCAAAAAUGGGGCACACGACUUGUCCUCAACAUUGGCAUCUUCCUCGAAACCCUCUCUUUGAUAGGGUCCUCGUUCGCAACCCAGAAAUGGCACAUCUUCCUCAGCCAAGGCGUCUGUUUCGGCUGGGGCAUGGGCUUUCUCUUUGUGGGUAGUGUCGGUAUCACUCCGCAAUGGUUUGAUAAGCACCGUGGCGUAGCGAUGGGCAUCAACGCUGCCGGGUCUGGUCUCGGCGGUCUGAUCUACUCCCUCGCAGUGGGCGCCAUUAUUCCGCGUUACGGGUUGGGCUGGGCUUUCCGCAUUUUGGGUAUCAUUUCUUGCGUCGUGAAUCUGGUAUGCUGUAACUUGCUCCGGGACCGCAAUAAGGCCGUCGGCAGUAGAUUCACAGCUUUCCAUCUGCCUCUCCUGCGUCGCCCGGAAUUUUUGCUCUUCCUCGGGUGGGGCAUAUUCAGCAUGCUUGGCUACGUGGCGCUAAUAUUCAGUGUUGCCAAUUUCGCUCUCUCCGUCGGUCUCUCGUCGCACCAGGGGAGUAUUGUCUCGGCGCUGCUCAACCUUGGUCAGGGUCUUGGGCGUCCGUGUGUUGGCAUAUUCAGUGACCGGCUUGGUCGCAUUAAUAUUGCCACUUUCCUUACCUUCCUCUGUGGUCUAUUCUGUCUCGCCAUCUGGACUUCUGUUGAUAGUAUGGGUGUGGUAUGUUUCUUCGCCGUUUUGGUUGGCACUGUCGCAGGCACGUAUUGGGCUACUGCAUCUCCUGUUCUGGCGGAGAUCAUUGGCAUCAGAGACCUGCCUUCCGGCUUAAGCAUUAACUGGCUCACGCUUGUUGCUCCUUGCACUGUCUCUGAGGCUAUCGCCCUUCAGCUCCGCAGCAAUCAUGUUGGUGGCGGGACUUCAUAUCUGCGCGUUCAAAUAUUUACUGGAUUCAUGUAUUUUGGUGCUUUCUUGUGUUUAUGGUUCGUCCGUGGUUGGAAGGUCGGCGAGUUGGAGCGUGCUGAGGGACGUGAUUCUGUCGUCCAGCCUGGCCCGUUGAUUGGAACCCACGGUGGAAGUGAGAAGCAAAACAGCCCUGUAAUUAUUUCAUCGGCCUUGGAGGCUACUGGAACAGAUGCUUCGUUGUGGGCCCCCGUCAGUUUGGUUCGCAGAAUGAUCACUUUGAAAAAGGUUUAA